AUGGCCAUGCUCAGAGUGUCUUCUUACCGCAAGCUGUUUGAGGAUGAAAACUGGAGUCGAAAUGGAGGGUUGAGUAUGCAGUGUGCAGGGCAGUCUCGGGCCUCCGUCAGGGGUGCGGCUGUUGACAAGUGUGACUGUGACAAGUUAGACUUUGUAGCUGCCAAGGCACUCAACAAAGAGGGUCUGAACCGGUUUGUCCAGGACCGCACCAUCAUCGCUACCCUCAAUGACCGCCUGGUCAAGCUUAUUGAACUGGCCCAUUGUUUUGAGGAGGAGAAUGAGUCUCUUGAAUGUCAGAUUGUUGAACUACAGGAGGAGUUGAAUAGUCGGCAAACCUCCUCCGGCAUCUCCUCCGCUGUGGCUGAGCGCGUUACAGACUACAGUCUGGAUGCAGUGGUGGAAAGACUGCGUAGGGAGAGGGAUGAGAUUCUGUGUGACUCGGAGGAGCUGCAGAAAGAGCUGGAACGUCUGAUGAAAGAGUACGAGAAGGCUGCACAGCAGAGGAUCCUCUUCCAGCAGGAACGACAAGAUGUUGCUGAGGACGUGGAUGCUGUGACAGCAGCGUGUUUGGCAUUGAGGGAGCAAGUGGCUAUCUACGAGGAGCAGCUGGCCAACAUGGAUGUCCAGCAAAAGACGGCAGUGGAGAGUCUACUGGAGCCAGCUGAAUGGACUACAGGAGAGGUGGCAGCUAUUAAAUUUGGCAGCCCUGACAUCACUGCGGCCUUGAAUGUAAAGGAGUACUACUGGCAGCUGGCUGAGAGCCUCCAGUACGAGUGUGGUGCAGGCUCUUCUGCUGUGGUUCGCAGUGGUGAUGGAAAACAACUGGAAGUGGGAGGAGCUGUGGGAUCGACAGUCAAAGACUUGCCAAAGACAAAGGACAUCGGUGAAAUGAAGACGCUGUGUACUAUAGAUGAAAUGCGGCACCAGGAGGCCGACUUCCAAGUGCAGAUGAAAGAGCAGUGUGAAGACUACAAGGAGCUGCUCAGUGAGAAAAUGGCCAGAGACAUGGAAAUCACUGCCUACAGGAGUCUGGUGGAGGGAGAGGAGGAGAGGCUGUGCAACCUGUGACUUGAGGCCGGAGAGUCAGACUGCCUGGCUGGAGUGUGGCCGGAUGCUCCCCCACCCCAUAUGGAUUAGAAAAUAGACAAAAGAGAAACGUGAAAAAGCACCCAAAUCCGCUCUGUGAAGAAGCUUAAGGUACCAACGCAGCAAUUUAAACAGAUGUAAACUUAUCAUGACAGAUUAAUGCCGUCUGGAGGCCUAAGCCGGGCCAUUGAUAACAGGUCGCUGGCAGAUGACCCCGAGACUCUAAGAAAGAUUGAGCUGUCUAAAACUGGUGGGAGGAUGGGGAGGGGGCUGUGCGAUGAGUGUGUAUCCAUUCAGUGUCUGGCAGGGAUAUUUCCUUAAGUGGGUUUUAUCUAUACCAGCUCAACUGAUAUGAUACAUAAAUGUUUUGUCCCCUCUUUGUUGAACAAGUCCCACGCAAAAACACACAGAAACACACUCACAAGCUAAACUGUGUGGCUCCGUAGAGUCAUAGCACCUCGUCCAUCACUCAAAUGUUGUUUGAUUACGAGCUCUUAACCUUUGACCCCUUCACUGUUAGCAAACAUAUUGACAGCUCUCCCUUUUGGUUACUAAAAGCAUCUCGCCUUCCCUUUGCUUUUACAGUCGUGCAUUCGUGUUGGUUUUAUGACACUGACAGCCAAGUGUGCAGUGCACUGUUUGCUUUUCAAAUGGUUCAUGAAGUUGUUUUUCUGCGGCUCUUACAAAACGAGCACCUGGAUCUUGCUACAAGAAAAGCCUGUGUGAUUCAUUAUUUCUCCUUUGAAAAGCAAUGUCCCAAUUUUCUGUCAUUUCAGAAAUAAGCAUUUGGUAAUACAUUCCUCUGUAAUCUUUUCCUUAUUUUCUACAUGACUUUCAAACUGCUCUGUGAUAAAUCAUUUUUGGUUCCUGCUUCUGCA